GUCACCUUUAUAGCUGAUCUAUGACUAGUGCUGCCUGUGUUCCCGUGUAAACUGAUAGGAGAGGAGAAGGUUCAUCUCUUAUCAGUCUCUAGAGGAUUGUGAAACAGCGACCUUACUGCAGCAGAACCAGGACACUCCGGCCACCGCAGCAUGGACAGUCCACCCCUCCGGAGAUAACAUGGCGUGUGCAGCCCUCGUGGGCAUGAGCUGCCCCAAGGUCCUUCGUCUGCUCGUCCCAUUGUCCAUGAUUUUCCUCUUUCUAUACCUGAGCUCCCUGAAGCUACCAGAUCCUUCCCUCCAUGAGUGCGUGAAAGACGGAAAACCCUGCGCCCAGGAGGAGAACGAGGUCAUCCCAAAACAUGAUAUUAAACAGACAGAGGGUCCUGACCCUCUUAGGGGCGAUGCCUCGUACCUCCAGGUGGUUGAGAGUUCUCUAAAAAACUGCAAAGGGAAGAUUUUUCAGAUAGGAAAAAUGCUGCAGUCCUUUCACUCCUGUGUGACCACAGACCAAGAGGUCUUACUGGAACACUACCUAGAAGCAUGGCGGGAGCUGAUAAAGUUCAUGGAUUCUAUGGGGACCGUCUUCACCUUCAUAUCCCACGAAACCGUAACCAAAAUCAACAUCCUACAAAACUACCUAAACGGGAAGAACGGGAGAAGCUACCGGACUGUCAGGUCCAUGAUAAAGUUCGAGCUGGAGAAUGGUGUGGUGAACUUCAAAGAACUUCCUUCCAACAAGGUUCCUUCCGGGUGUCGGACGUUGUUACGUAUGCACCGAGCCCUGAAGUGGCUGGAGGUUUUCCUCUACAAUGUUGGCACCAAUCCUGGUCAGGACAAGACCUCUGAACUGUGUGCGGAGGCCUACCACAAGACCCUGGCUCACCAUCACAGCUGGUUUAUUCGACAAGUAGCCGAGGUGGCCUUCCUGGCUCUGCCUCCUCUGGAGGAGAUGUACAAGGUGGUGUGUGUGAGGGACCAUGAUGAAGCUAGAGUCGUCCUUCUGACCACCGUGGACUCAAUUGUGAAGGUCUAUAACCUAACUCAAGAACUGUAUACGCAAAACCAUAUGCUGGAUCUACCAUGAGAAUUAAGAUACGGUCAAUAGUCUGAGUGAAGGGAAUGAUGGAACACGUUCAGGCCAUGGACAUGGCAUAUGUCGUUGUGAAGAGGUGUUAUAGGGGUACUCCGCCCCUAGAUAUCUUCUCCCCUAUCCAAAGGACUCCCUGGGGACUAUCGCAAUCUUGCUGCUUCACUCAGAGUUCAUUUAGAGAGUCGGGUGCAGUGCCGGAACGUCGUAGGCUCGUGACAUCACGGCCGGUCCCCACUCGUGAUGUCACGACCACGCCUCCUCAAUGCAAGUCUAUGGGA